AUGGCGAUCUUCGCCGUGUCGCAGGUUGCGUAUGCAGUGCCACUGGCGGACCCCGCCCGGCCGUACCUGAACCCGGAGCCGCCUGCCACACCGCAAGCGCGCGCGUGGCAGGCGCCACCACAGGGCGCUGCCUUCCAGUACCAGCUCAGCGAACAGUUCUCGGCGGCGUCCAACACCGUCGCGGGGGUCUCUGUGUACUUCGUUGACCUGUUUGACACCCCAGAGGCAGAGAGCUGCCAAUGGCCGCCGCCCUUCUCAUCCACGGCGGUCUACGCGUCCGGGUGCGCCGACGCAUGCCUCGCACAGCAACAAGCAAUCAUAUGGCGCGAUGACGUGGCAGCCUUCCCCCCACUGGCCCUGGGCAAGGGCAUGGAGGGUUGGUCAGGGGAGCGCUGGGUGGACGUGCGCAGCCCCGACAUCAGGGCCGUCGCCAGAACGCGCAUGGAGCUCUGCAAGAAGAAGGGCUUCCUGGCCGUUGACCCGGACAACGUGGACCUAUCGUCCACUGACACCGGGUUCAACCUCAGCCCGGCAGACCAGCUGGCGUUCAUACAGUACCUGGCUGACACCGCCCACUCCCUGGGCCUGGCCUUCAGCCUCAAGAACACCCCGGGCCAGCUGCAGCAGUUGGUGGGGUCCAUUGACAUGGCGGUCAAUGAGGAGUGUGCCGAGUAUGACGAGUGUGAAGCGUACACAGUGGUGCGGGACGCCGGGAAGCCGGUCUACAACAUCGAGUACAGCGAGCCUAGUUUUGACAAGCUCUGCGGCCGCGCCCCGACCCUGGGCAUCACCAGCAUCUUCAAGGAUCGCGCCCUGGGUUUUCAGCCAAGGACGCCCUGCCCGGGCCAGACCUGA